AUGAAUAAGGUAUUAUUAAAUAUCUUUAGACAGACUAAAAUAUUUAUAAACAAAAUAUAUAUUAGUCUGAUAUUUCUUCAAAGUUUGGUGUUUUACAACAUACCAAUAAAAAGUAUCGAUAUAAAAGAUAUAAAUAUCGAGUUUGAUUUUAUUACUAAAAUAAUUAAUUUUUUUCGGAAAAAUAAAAUAGAUAUAAAUAAUGUGAAUACAAAUAAACAAAAAAAUAAAAAUAAUAUACACAUUAAGUCUAUAAAUAUAAUACUUGAUUUUGAAGAUUAUGAAACAUAUAAUUCAUAUUAUAAUAUUUAUCGCAAAUUAAUAUCAGAGGAAAAGAAGAAAUGGGGAAUUGUCUAUAAUUUUUUUUAUUAUAUUUUUAUUUUUUUUUUAAAAUUAAUUAUAAAAAAUUAUUACAUAAAUGUAGACAAAAUUCAAGUCAAAAUAUUUUAUAAUUAUAAACAUAGACAUAGUAAAAUUUGUGAUCAUAUAAAAGGGGUAUCCAAAGGAAAGACGAAAUAUUAUUUUAUAUUUCGAGAUAUAUCUAUUUUUACAAACAAUAAUAAUAUAGAAAAAAAUUAUGAAUAUAAUAAGUUACAAAAAUUUAGUGAUACAGAUAAAGGAAAUAAUUGUGAAAAUUCAGAUCCUCAUAAAUAUUUACUUUUCUGCAAAGAAUUUAAUAUAGUUAAAGAAAACAAUAAUGGAAAAAAAAAUGAAAAGAUAAAAAAAAAACUAUUUUUUAUAAAAAACAUUUUUUACUAUUUUCAUCAAAAUCAAAUAUUAAUUCCGAUCAUAUAUAUUAAUUUAAAAGAAUGUGAGUUUAAGGAAAUUUUAUUUUUAUCACAUAAUACAAAAAUUGAUUAUUAUUUAAAAGAUCUAAUAAAUGUUGCAAAGAAAAAUAAUUCUACAAAAAAAAUAAUAAAUGAUAGUAAUGGAAACUAUAAGGAGUAUAAAAAUAAAUAUGAUUUUUUUUUUAAUUUAACAAUUUACAUAAGAAAGACAUUUAUUAAUAUUAACCUGAAAGAUCAUAUAAUAAAAGGUGUAAUUAAUUCAACUCUUUUAAAAAUUAAAAUAAAUGAAUAUUAUGAUAUUAAUUACAAAAUUAGUGAUAUUUCCAAAAGAUCAACUAAUAAUAUUAUGGAAGAUAAUCCAAAUAUAAAAUAUAAUAGUACCGAUUUUGAACUUUCAUUUAUGUCUUUUAUUAUUUAUAGUGAAAAUAAUUUAAUUUCAUUAAAUUUGAAAAACCAAAAUAAAGAAAAAAAAUAUAUAAAUUUGUGUGAGACCUUAUAUAAUAAUAAUUCUCAAAAUAAUUUAUUAUUAGAUGAAGAACUUAAUAAAUAUAAUAUAAAUAAUUCCAAUUUGAUAUAUUAUAAAUAUAGAAAAUUUCUUAACAUGAAAAAAGAAAAUGAAGAAAAUAUAAAUGUUUUCAAAAAAAACUAUAAUAAAUGUGAUAUAAUUUUAACUAACAUAAUUUGUAUAUUUGAAGUUGUAGAAUGUAUAGAUGUGUAUAAUUUGAUUCAAAAAAGCUUUUUACAACGAACAUAUUUAAUAGAUCUAACAAAAGAUAAUCAAAUUUCCUUAUCAACAUAUAUUAUAAAAUAUACACCAUUUAUUUGUAUUCAAAAUAUUUUUCUUUAUAUAAAUAAAAAUGUCGAUAAAUUUGAUCUACUAUAUAGUAAUGCAAUUUUAACAAACCGAGAAGAAGAAUUGAGAUAUUACAAUAAUACUGUAAUAAAUUUUAGAGAAGAAAUAAUAAAAAUAAAAAUUAAAGAAAUAUGUAAUAUUAAUAAAAAGUAUGCAUCAAUUAAUAUCAACGAAAGUAAUGAAAAUAUUAUAAAACAAAAUCAUAAUAAUGAUGAAAAUAAUCAACGUUGUUUUUUUUUUUCUGAACAAUACAAUUAUGAACAGAAUGGAAUAGCUAGUUCCGAUUUUUUAGUGAAAGAUAUUAUUGUUAAAAGUGGUUAUUUAGAAAAUAAUAUUUUAUAUGAAUAUAAUUUAAAUGAUAAGAUAAAUAUUGUUUUAAAAAUAGAAAACAAAGAAAAUGAAUAUGGAAUUGUUACAAUAUAUUUAAAUAAUUCUAAAUGGUAUUUAUUACCUGAACAUGUUAAUUUUUUUUAUUAUAUAUACUCCAUUUAUUGCACCAACAUGAAAAAAUACACACACUUACUAAGAAAUCCUAUGAGAAAAAAAUUAAAGCGAAUAACAGAAAAUAAAAACAACUUUCAAUUUUUUGUAAAUGUUAUAGCAAGCAAUUGUAAUAUAAACUUAUUUUGCAUAUCUGAAGAUUUUAAAGCAAAUACUAUAGGCACAAAUGUAGGAACAAAACGGGUUAUCCAUACAUGUAACAAUGUUAUAAAUAAUAAGCUAGUUACAGUGAAAAAUGAAAUGUGUUUAAAAAAAGAAUUAAAACCUAUUAAAAUGUCAUUUAAUUUAAAAUAUAUAUUAAAAAUAGAAUCAGAAAAAGAGGAAAUACGAAGAUUUUUCUUUAAAUAUUACAAUUAUUUUUUUCUUGGUAAUGUGAAUAUACGAUUUAAUUAUUACAAAAAUUUGUUAAAAAACGUAUUAGAAUUUAAAAAGGAGAGAGCAAGAAAAAAAAAAGACAAAAGCUAUUUUUACAUGAACUGUCAAGGUAAAAUGGAAAAUAAUUAUGACUUGUUAAUAAAAAUUAUUAACAAAAAUAUUUAUGUAAAUAUAUUUAAUAAAGCCAAAAUAGUUUUUAUAAAUUGUAUUAUAUAUCAAAUAUAUAUAGCAACUCGAAGAAUAAUAUAUUUGCAGGAUACUAUUAAUUUGAGAAUGAAGGAAUCUAUAAAAAAAUUUAAAUUAAUAAGAAAAAAAAGGAAAAAUAAUAUUUAUAAUGUUUUAUUAAAAAAGUUAAAAUAUACAAUUAAUCAUAUUGCUGAUACAGAAAAUAAUUACACACUAGAUAGUAGUUAUAAUUAUAAACAUAGAAUAUAUAGAAACAUAAAAAAAUAUUGUAAUAGUUAUGAAAUAUAUAAAAAUAAUUUUUUAAAUAAAAUAAAAUCUAAGUAUAAUAAUUAUAAAUUACUAAAAUAUUUAAUACAAAUAAAAAUUAAAAGUAAAAUACAUUUUAUAUCAUUUUUUGACGAUUUUUAUAUGAAUGAAUUAAAAAAUUUAAAUAAUUAUAAUCUUCAAAAAAAUCAAUACAUAAUAGAUUUGGAUACAAAUGUUUGCAUUUAUUAUUUUGAUUUAUUAUGUAAAAAUAAUGUGAGAACAAAUAAUUUUUUAAAAUUGUACAUCGAUUUUUAUAAGUUGCAAUUAAAUAAGUUUACAAGUUUUAAUAAAAUAUAUAAUGUACUAGAUUUUAUGAAAAGGAUAAAAAAAAGACAUGAACAAGAUAAAGAAUUUUCUUUCUUUUCUACCAACCAAUUAUGUAAAAUAUUUUCACAUCGAAAUUUGGAUCAUAUAAUAAAUGAUGAAGAAAAUAAGAGAUAUUUUACAAUAAUAUCAGAAAUAAAAAAUUUUGAUUUUUUUACCAAAUUUUAUAAUUAUGCUAAAAAGGGUGAAAAAUAUGAUAUUUUUUAUAAACAUAGAAAAAGCACAAAUGAAUUUAAUACUAAUACAAAAAUAUAUGGAAAUAAAAUAUAUUUAUUAUAUAAGACAAAUGAUUUUUUUACUUUUUUAAAUAAAUAUUUUCUUAACGAUUUUUUGAAUUUAUUUUCAUCAAAGCAUAGUUGUGAAAUCAAAGUUGCAAAUUUAAAAAAAAAUUAUUAUACCCAAAUCUACAAUUUUAACGAAAACGAAGUAAAGGACGUAUUUUCCCUUAGAGAUAGCAUCCUCUUGAAGCAGCAACAAUUGGAAUGUGAUGCUGCUAAUGCUAACAGUGUUGGCAAUGCUGAUAAUGCUGACAGUGUUGGCAGUGGUUCUAAUGCUGCCAAUUAUCACGUGGCUAAGUAUGCCGGCUCUACAGAUGAAGAUCAAAUGGACAAUUUUAAAAAUUACAAAAUAAGACAAAAGAAUAUGAAGACACAAAAUGGAAUAAGCCUAAAUAAAUACAAACUAACAUUUAAUGACGUCACUUUAUUUGCUCCUUCAAUUCAUAACAACAGAAAUUUUAUUAUUGUACAAAAUAGUGUACAUAUAAAAAAUAAAUUUGUUUUUAAAAAAAAAGAAAAAAAAAAUAAUAGAGAUAUGUAUAAUAAAAGAAUUAUACUUUAUGACAAAAUAUUUGUUUAUUUUUUAAAUAAUAUAUGUUUUUCACAUCACAAUAAAAAUCCAAUUUUAAAAAAUAUGAAUAUAUUAUUAAUUUAUUAUAGAAAUGUUAUUUACAUAUCAAAUAUAUUUGCUAUGUUCAUAUAUAUUACUGGGAAUGCAUAUAUAUCACCUGAAAAAUAUACACUUUUUCAAAAUGUAAUGAUUGAAAAUGUUCUAAACAACAAUGUAGAAUAUUUUGAGAAAAGACAAUACAUAAAGGAUCCAAGAUAUAUUAAAAAUAAAUGUAAAAAAAAUGAGACGAUAGAUAGUGAACAAAAUUGCAAAAAUGUUGAAAAAUUGAAAAAUGAUGAAAAAUUGAAAAAUGUUGAAAAAGACAAGUUGAAAAAAAAUCUUAAAAUCGUUAUACAUUUGAUAGAUAUACAAAUAUUUUUAGAGAGUGAUAAAUUGAAUAGCAGAGUAAGUUACAUUUUUACAAAAUAUUGUUUAAUAAACAUUUUUAGAUAUAUAAAUGACAAUAAUAAGAUUAUAACAAAUAUAAAAUCAGUUAUCCCUCUUAUUUUAAACUAUACUUACAAGUAUCCAUAUGAUGUAAUUGUUUAUUAUAAAAAAAUAAAAAAUAAAAAAAGUUAUUUAAAAUAUUUAUUAAAUAUGAAAGAUAUAAAAAAUGAAGAAAAUGUCAGUACAUUUAGUUCAUUUAUUAACACAAAAAUUAGCAAAUAUAAUAAUUUGGUAAUUUCAAAAAAAAAUAAAAUUGUUGAUAUUUUUUAUUAUAGGUAUAAAAGUGACACUAUUGGAUGUAAUAUAGAAAAUCAUAUAUUUAUUAAAAUGAAAAAAAUUUAUAUAAUAACUGAUAUAUUUCAGUUAUUUAAUUUUUAUAAUUUAUAUUUUGUUGAUGAUAAAAAUUUGUUUAUAUAUACUCUUGAGAAGUAUCUUCAAAAGGAAUGUUAUUCUAAUUAUAUAAAAAAUAAAAUAAAAAAUAAAAUAAAAACAUGGACCGCAUUUAGAAAUACGCAAAACAGUUCUGAUGACACUUUUAUUGAAGAAGAUAACACAGAUUAUUUUGUAAAAAAAAAAAUAGAUAUUUUAAAAAAAACAGAAAAAAUAAAAAGACCUAACAAUUAUCUUAUUUACUUCUACGAAAACAUGGUGAAGUUUUUAACACCAAAUGAUUUUAAUUCCUAUGAUUAUUUAGUACAUACUAAUAAUAUAUACAAAAUUAAUUUAUAUGCUGAACAUGCUCACUUAUUUGUAAAUUUAUUGUUACAUGAACAUUUGCUGAAAUAUAAAAAUGUGUACAAUGUCGAACAAUCAGCUAAAAUUGAAAAAUCAAACAAAUUUUGUAUCAUUUACAAAGGGUGUGUAAAUUUUCUACUACUGUUCAAUUUGAGAAAAAGUCUAUUUUUUGAGUUUUUUAAAAAAAAAAAACAUAUUAUUUUCAACAAUUAUUUUUUUGAUAAAAUUAUGAAAAACGACCUGACUUGUUCAGAAAAUAUAUCCCAAUUAGCUAGCUCCGAAAAAAAAACAAAAUUGGCUUGUCCUUCAAAAAAAUUGAAUUUGUUAUGUUCGUCUUUUUAUCCAAACAACUACAUAAGUGAUGAAUUAGAAGAAACAAUAUUUUUCAAAUGGAAAAUAAAUAAAAAAAAUAGUUUGCAUUUAUUAAAUAAUUCAAAUUUUUACUGUAUAAGCAAAAAUAUUAGUAUAGAUAUGUGUGUAAAAAAAGAAAAGGUAAUUUAUUUUAGUAACAAUAUUAAAAUAACAAAGUGUAAUAAUUUUUAUUUUAAUAAUAUUUUCUUGAACGAUGUAGUGAAUAAAAAUAUAGGAUCGAGUCAUGUUAGUGGAAAUGAUUUAUUUGAUAUAAAAAUAAACAUGGAUGGAUCUCAAAAAAGGCAGACAAAUAUAGAUAUCCUUAAAAAUGUGUUUAAAAAUUAUGAUAGUUUAUUUCCAAUCAAUAAUGCAAAUUAUGCCAUAGAAGAAAUGAUCAAAAUGGAAAAUGGAAGUGAAAAUGGAAGUGAAAAUAAAAAUGGGAGUAAAAAUACGAAGGAAGAUAUACCUUAUAAUGAUGUAAAAAAUGAAAAAACGUUUUCAUCGCCGAAAUACAUAAAUGUGAAGAUAAAAAAUUUCAAAAUAAAAAUAAGAUUAAAAGAUAUAGUAGAUAUAUUAAAAAAAAUAUAUGAACUAAAUUAUUGUUUGAAUUAUUAUGAAGAAAUAAAUUUAAUUCUGUAUAAGCAAUGUGAAAAGGAUAUAAUAAAAAAUAGUUAUAUCUAUAAAUUAAAAAAAAUAAAAAAAGAAAAAACAUAUUUAACAAUGCUUUUUAAUAUAAUAAUAAAUAAUUUGAGUGUCGAGUUGUUUGAAACGGUGCAUUAUUAUAGAUAUAAAGAAUUUAAGAAAAUAAAAAUUGCUCAAAUAAAUAUAAAAGGAAAUUAUAAAUAUAUUUCUUCAUAUAAUAAAAAUGAGAUAAUAAUAAAAAGACAUGAUUUAAAUUGUAUUUAUGAUUUGAAUUUUUUUAAAAAUAAUAUAUUUGAAACUUUUGUAAAAAAUGUCCAAAUACAUUUUGUUUGGAUAAAGACAAAAGAUGAAAAUAAUUUUUUUUCAAUUUUUAAAAAUAAACCUAUCGAUAUAUUUUUAAGUAAAAAUAUUUUCAGAAAAAUUAUGUAUCUAUAUGAAGAAAUUAUAAAUAAUUGGUGUAACAAUCAUGAAAUAUUUAAUAAUAUUAAAAAAAUAUAUAAUAAUGGUAAGGAAAAUGAAAAUUUAAGAUAUAAAAAAAACAACAUUCUCGAUUUCUAUAACGAUAAAUCAGUAAUGAUAAAUAAAAUACAAGAAAAAGCAUUUUCGUAUCAAAAUAAUGAAAACAAAAAUAAAAGAGAAAUAUAUUAUUUAAAAAAUGGAGAAUAUAUUUUAUUUUUACCAGAAUACAAAAAAUAUGUAAAAAAUAAAAAUAUAUUAUUAUAUAAUGAUUGCGGGUUUUAUAAUUUAAUUUCAAAUGUAUGUAUACACAAUAAUACAAAUUUAGACAUCAUAUUUUUACAUAAAUGUUAUAAAUAUUAUAAAUAUUUUUUAUAUGCAAAAAAAAAAACAUAUAUAACAUCAUAUGAUCUUGAAAAUGAUUUAUUUUUUUUAUUUAUUUUUUACAAAAAAAAAUUAUAUAUAUCUCAUUGUGUUUCAAAGGAGGUGUUAAAAGAUAAUGAGCCAAAUACAUAUAACGUUUAUUCAAAUAUUAACAUUAGCAAAAUUAAGAAAGAAUGUAUGUUUGGUGUCGACCCGAAUGGCAAUGUUAGAAAUGGUAAUGCUAGAAAUGGUAAUGCACCUCGUAUCUUUAAAAAAAUAUUACACUUUAAAAAUGUAGAAUAUCUGCAAUUUGACAACGCAAGCAUAUAUCAGCGGCCCGAAAAGGGAAAAAAUAAAAAUCGAAACAAAAAUAAAGAAACAUAUAAUGGCCCAAAUGAUGGCACAAAUAAUGACCCAAACAAUGGCAAAAAUAAUGACCCAAACAAAUGUGUGAUUCCAAUUCGAAAUUUGUACGAAAAUAUUCGGAGAAAGCACAUAAAAGUUAUGUCAAAUAAUCAUGGCGAAAACGAAAACAUAAAAAUAAAUGAAAAUGAUGAAGAUGAUAAAAAUUUGGUCUUAAACAUUAUUUUAAUUAAAAAUCGACAAAACACAUAUAUAUAUAUAGAUAAAAUUAUAGCAUUAAAGAAUAUGCUUCCUCUACAAAUCUGUUAUAACAUUCAAGGAACUAAAUAUGUAAUAAAUAAAUAUAAAACUAAAGAAAUAUAUUUCAAAAGUAUAAAUUUAAAUAGCGAUCAUAAUAUUUUAGUAGGAAAUAAGUUAAAAAUUGUAAACAAUGAAAAAAAAAAAAAAAAAAAUUCAAAAGAUUUAAGAGAAAAUAGUAAAAAUGAAGAUAAAAUAAAAGAUGUGUUAAACAAUUCUACAUAUUAUAUUAAUGUAAUAAAAAAAAAUAAUUUUAUUAUAUUUACAUGUCAAACUAUAAUAUGCUUAUACAGCUUUUCAAAACAUUAUAUCGAAAUAAAUAAAAAAAAAAUCAAUUUUUUAAAUAAUUUUACAAAAGAUAUAAUUACACCAAACAUAUAUAACAUAAAAGAUAUGAAAUGUUUUAUAAGUGUUUUUAACGAACCUUUUGAAUAUCUUAUUUUUGAAAAAAAACAAAUUAAUAAUGUUAAUCAAAGAAACUGUAAUGAUAUUUGUCUUAUAGAUACAAUAGAUAAUAAUAAAUAUUUAUUUUUUUAUAUAAUAAAUUUAUUAAGCAUCCAAAAUAAUAAAAAAACAAAUAUGAGAUGUGGAUAUUAUAAUAAUGUUUUAUCUAUAUAUCCUAAAUACAUUAUACAAAAUAAAUCAAAAGUAGAUAUAUAUAUUUUUUCGAUUUUUAAUAAAUUUGAAAUUUAUAAAAUUGAGAGAAAUUCAACUAAGGUUAUUAAUAGAAUAUUAGAUAGUGGAAGUAAAAAUAAGUUGCUCUUUUUUUUUAAGAUUCAAAAUUGUAAUGGUGAUAAUUAUUUGGAUGUGUGUGGUCCAAUAAACAUAGAAAAAGAGGGGUCAUAUAUUUUUUCUGUUAAAAAAAAUAAUUCGAUAUUAGUUAAUUCGAAUCAAAAUAAAAAUGUUCACAAUUUUUGCAAUUUGAAAUUUAUAAUUCGUAAAAAUGAAGCAUGUAAAUAUUUUACUCACGCAUUAAAUAAUUCGAUUUUUAUAAAAAUAAGUGAGCAUAAAACUGAUGAAAAAAAACUAGAAAAAUAUAUUAAAUACAUAAACGAAAAUGAUCAUAAUAAUAAUAAUAUAACAGAUAAAAUGCCUGGAAAAAGUAAUGUCAUGAACAUAUAUAAAUAUAUAGAAAAAAAUGAAGAAAUAAAAAAAAUAUAUUUAUAUAAUAAUACUGGAUAUGGAGUAAUAGUCGACAUUAUGCAUUAUAUAGAGCUUAUUUAUAUAAUAAAAAAUGAAAUGAAAAAUAAUGAAAUGAAAAAUAAUGAAAUGAAAAAUAAUGAGAUGAAAAAUGAUGAAAUGAAAAAAAAUAAAGAUAUCAUAAAACUUGAUGAAAUUGAGCCAGAUUGUUUUUCUUACCUUAACAUUGAAUUAGAUAAAGAAGAUGUAAAAAACCAGAAUCCAUUAAUAUAUAAUAAUCUUGAAAAGGAGAAUAAUAAUGAUAACGAAAUAGACAAUAAUAAUAUAUUUGAAAAAAUAACAAAAGAUGAUAUAAACAAUAUAUUAAAUAAUAAAUAUUUAAUACAUGAAUAUUUAAAAAAAAAUAAACACAAUUUUAGAUACCUAAAAAAAAAUAGUAUUUUACUUUUUCCAUUACGAAAAAAUAAAAAUAUAAAAAAUUGUUUUUUAAUUUUAUACCCAUUUAAACAAACAAAUAAUAUACACAUUUGUAGAAUAUCAUUAGAAAAAAAAAUAAAUAUAGUCAAAUUUGUUGAAAAUAAUAAAUCGAUAUUUUUCAAAUUUUACACUAUUCAAAAAAAAAAAAAAAUCUUAAUCAAAUUUUCACAAUAUUUCGACAAUGUUAUACAAAUAAAAGGGAAAGUGAAUUUGAAUUUGUUGCCUAUGCAUCAGAUAAGCGAUAAGAAAAGUGAAAAAAAUGAAAAAAGUGAAAAAAAUGGCCAAAAAGAACGAAAUGAACGAAAUGAAGAAGGCGGAGAACAUUGGAAUAUAGACGUUUACAACUCAGGCGAUCUUAAAAAAGUGCAAGAUGAUUCUUUUAAUUAUAUUUUAAAUAAAAAAAAAUAUAUUACAUUAUUUAUGCGAUCAUUUAGCAAGAAGAGAGAUAUGUUGGUUAAAAAGGGUGAAAAAUAUUAUAAAUAUUUCAAGCAUCGCAAAUAUUUAAAACAUCGCAAAUAUUUAAAACAUCGCAAAGAUUUAAAACAUCGCAAAUAUUUAAAACAUCGCAAAUAUUUAAAACAUCGCAAAUAUUUAAAACAUCGCAAAUAUUUAAAACAGUUUAAUGAUAAAACGAACAGAUCUCAUAUUGUCCAUAAAAUAAGUAAGGAUGUGACAUUUUCUGAAUAUGUUAAAAAAAAAAAAAUAAUUUUUUCAGAUCAUAAAAAUGAGGAAAGAAAAAAAGGUUCAAGUUUUUAUAUAAUACUAAAUAAUGAUAUAAAAAUAAAUAUAUUUUCAUCAGUUUUGAUAAAAAAUGUUGAUAUUUCCAAACUAUAUUAUAGUGACAAAAGGGCAAUAUCACAUCCGCAUCCAAACUAUAUGCAAUAUAGAAGUGCCGAUAAAGAAGAUGAGAAUAACGAAGAUGAUGAAGAUGAAGAUGGAGAUGAAGAUGAAGAUGGAGAUGAAGAUGAGAAUAAUGAAGGCGAUAAUAACGAAGGCGAGAAUAAUGGCCUGUCUUAUGACGAACAAUUCAGUAAAUAUUUAUUUAAAAAAAAAAAAAAUGCACACAUAUAUACUGUGUGUUUAUCAAAUUUAUAUAUUUAUUUUAAAAAAAGCAAAACUGAUACUACUUCUUCUCAAAAUAGGUUUUAUUUAAAUAUAGAUAAUUUAUCUAUAGUCGAUUUUUCAGCAAAUAUUGUAAAAAAAAUUUUAUUUAAAAGUUGUCAAAAUGAUAUAAUAGACAAAAAAGAUAGCCAAAAUAUACAUCUCAAUAUAAAUGAUCUUAAAAAAGAUAAUGUAAAUAAUAUUUUCAAGAAAAAUAAGUUUAUAACAUUUGAUAUAAUAUACAAAAUGGGGUUCAAUUCUUUGGUUAUUCAAAAUUUUGAGUUAUUAUUUUUUUGUCCAUUACAUAUAUACUUAUCAUUAAUAACUAUAGAAAAUUUAAAUUAUUGUUAUAAAAAAUAUUUAAAAAAAAAAAAUAAAAAUAAAAAUAAAAAUAAAAAUAAAAUAAAAAAUAUCACAGAAGAGAAUCAGUUAUCAGUUUGUUUUGGCAAAAGAAGUGACGAUAAUGAUGAUGAUGGGAAGGAGAAAUGGAUUUGGAAAUUUUGGAAAUGUCAAAAUAAAUAUACUAAAGAAUCUUCAAAAUUUAACAUAUAUUCUAAAAUUGUUUACAAUGUUAAUGAUAUAGGAAAAGAAAGAAAAAUAAAAAUAUAUAAUUUAAAAAUAAGUAAUAUAAAUAUGAUCUUUUCAUUUUCUAACAAAAAUAUAUAUAGCAUAGAACGAUAUAAAAAUGAAGAUAAUAUAUUUAUAAGUAGAUAUAAAAAUUUAAAUGAUAAUUCAAAUUGUUUUUUUUUUAAUUUUAAACUAGCGUUUUUAAAUCAAAUAAAAAAUGCAAAUUUUGAAAUAAAUUCAUUAGAUUUAAAAAAAAUAAAAGAAAAAAAUAUAUUAGAAUUUAUAAAUUAUAUAUUAGAUUAUUAUAUAAAAGAAUUAUAUAAAAAUUUAUUUUUUUAUAUGACAAAAAUGAAUAUAAUAAAUAAAUAUAUUUUCAACUAUUCUAAUUUAUUUAAUGAAAUUAUGGAUAAAAAAAAUAUUUUUAAUUUUGUAGAUAUAUCAUAUGGUCUUAAAUAUAUCACAAAUGAGAUUCAUGAAAAAAGUAAUGUGUGUUUAGAAAAUAUAAAUAUAUUUUCAGAAUCUAUAAAAUUUCAAAAUAAUUCAAAAAAAGAACUGUUGGUUAAAAAUAUUAGACAAAGAAAUGAAGCAUUAAUUAGUCUGGAUAAAGAUAAAAACAAUUUAGGAGAAAAUUACAACAAAAUAAAUAUAUCACUAAAAAGGAAACGAAAUAAAAGUGUGCAAAGUGGGAAAGAACAUGUCUACAAUAACGAUGCUAAUGAUGAUAAUGACAAUGAUACCAUUUUCACAAACUUUGAAAAUAUGACCGUUUUAAGUGACUCAAAUUAUUGUAUAUAUAGAAAAAAAAAAUCAAAAAUAAAUAAAAUUAACAGUAAAUUAUUUUAUUUUAACAAUGAUAAAAAGGUAUUCAUUUUUGAUGACCAUUUUAAAGAAAUACAUAAAUUGGAUAAAAAAAAUAAUAUAAUUUCAAAUUCUAACAAUUUUUACAUUUUUAAUAGUGCAAUUAAAAAUAUAGGGAAAGAUAUAAUGUCUAGUAUUAAUUAUUAUUUGUAUGAUAAUGAUGAAAAUGAUUUAAAAAAAAAAAAAAAAAUUAUUUUAGACUAUUUUUGUGAAAAGGUACAAAAUUUAUCUCAAGACACCAAACGGGGCCCUUCCGACGAGAGAAAGGUAAACGAAAGCGGAUUUGGAGGGUUUACAACAUUUACUACAAUUUAUAAAAAAAAAAAAAUCAAGUAUGACAUUACUCCAUUCAGAAUUUGCAACACAUCGGAUUGUUCGUUAAUAAAGAGACUAAUUAUUGAAAAUUAUCUUAAUGACAAAGAGGAGAAUUUGGUAGUUAUAUUUUGUGAUGAAUAUAUAAUAACUCUAAAUGAUGUAAAUAGAACAAUUAUAAAAAAGAAGAAUAUAAUUAAGAUUGAGAUUGUUUGUGAUUAUUUUAAUUUAAUUUUUGAAAAAGAGAAAAAUAUAAUGGAUAAUAUUAAAAAUAUAAUUAAAAAAAAUAAUAAUAAUUUUUUAGGGUAUUAUUUUGAUGUCUUAUUUAAAAAAAAAAUAAAAAAUGAAAAAAAAUUAAUUUAUAAAAUAAAGAAAAAUAAAAUAAAAAUUAUGUAUUUCUUAUAUUAUAUUUUUUAUUUUAUUUAUAACUAUGAUAAGCGUCUUAAAAAAAUGACAAAAUCGUAUUCCUUACAUCAAGCAAAUAUAAAACCUACUAUUAUAAUAUUUGAAACCACAAAAAAAGUUUUCUUUUCUCUCUCAUCAGUUAUAUAUUUAAAUAUCUUUUAUUUCAACCUUAGAGAUUUUAUUUUCAAUUUCGUAAAACAGUCAUACUAG